AGAAUGUAAUUUUGACGUUUCACAUUUUGAUGUGUGCGCGAUUUAUGUUGUGUUGAUAUUUUCGUAAACGUUUUUCAUUCAUUUUGCGGAAAAUAUCCUGAAUCGAAAAAAAAUAUGGAAACGAUUCUGGAACAACAACGCCGGUAUCACGAGGAACGUGAACGUCUCGUUAAAUUAAUGGUCGACGAGUAUGUCACGAAGAAGCCAUCGGAGAAAGACAAAAUUUAUUCGGAUCAUCGGCUCAAAGCUUUGCUGGAACUGCACAUGAAUUCGACAACAGCGUUGAAGGAACUGUACGAGGACAAAGAUGGUGAACGGAAAAAUGAAGUCGCUGCGUUGUCCGGUCCAAACGAAUUCAGCGAAUUUUAUUCACGUCUGAAGCAGAUCAAGGAAUUCUACAAAAAGCAUCCGAAUGAGAUAAGCGUUCCGUUGUCGGUGGAAUUCGAAGAAAUGACAAAGGUGUACUCCAACACCGAUGAAAUAUCAAUGCUGGUCGAGUUCACGGACGAAGAGGGUUGUGGACGGUAUCUCGAUUUGCACGAGUGCUAUGAGAAAUACUUGAAUAUUCGUGGUGUCGAGAAGGUCGAUUACAUUACUUACCUGAUGACAUUCGACCAUGUGUUCGAUAUUCCCAAGGAACGUAAGAAUAUGGAGUACAAGAAGUACGUGACCGCUUUGAUCGAAUAUUUGAGCGAUUACAUUACUCGAAUCAAGCCGUUGUUGGAUUUAGAAGCUGAAGUGGAACAAGUCAACAAAGAGUUCAAGCAGCAAUGGGGCAACGGAUCGUUUCCUGGCUGGCCGAAAGAUCAAGAAAGUGCGCUAGCAAAUACCGGUGCACAUUUAGAUUUGUCGGCAUUUUCGAGUUGGGAAGAAUUGGCUUCGUUGGGCUUGGAUCGUUUGAAAUCAGCUCUAGUUGCAUUGGGCAUCAAAUGUGGCGGUACACUUGAAGAACGGGCGCAGAGGUUAUUUUCAACGAAAGGUCAACGAACUAUCGAUCCAUCAUUGUUGGCCAAACGUGAUGUGAACAAGAUCACAGCCCGUGAAAAUGCUCGUAACAAAGAAAUCGCGUAUCUUGAAGCGCAGUUGUAUCGAUUCGCCGAAUUGGUGUCGGAGCAAAGAGGUGCAACCAAGGAGAACGUUCAGCGAAAACAGGCUCGUACUGAAGGUGAACGGGAAGACAGCGAUGCUGAAGCAAGUGAAUCGGAUAAUGAAGAAGAUGACAACGAUGACGUUCCAUACAAUCCGAAGAAUUUACCACUCGGCUGGGACGGUAAACCCAUUCCGUAUUGGUUGUACAAAUUGCAUGGGUUGAACAUCAGUUACAGCUGCGAAAUCUGUGGCAAUUUCACUUACAAAGGCCCGAAGGCGUUUCAGCGUCAUUUCGCUGAAUGGAGACAUGCCCAUGGAAUGCGUUGCUUAGGCAUCCCGAAUACGGCUCAUUUUGCGAAUGUAACACAGAUCGAAGACGCGAUUACCUUGUGGGAGAAGUUGAAGACGCAAAAACAAGGCGAACGUUGGAUACCGGAAGCAGAAGAAGAAUUUGAGGAUUCACUGGGUAAUGUGGUUAAUAAGAAAACUUACGAAGAUCUUAAAAGGCAAGGUUUAUUGUAAAAUGGACAGAGCAGCAGUUCCGACCAAUAAAAAGUUUUUUUUUUUAAC